GGGACGAGGACCGGGGGCCACCCCCAUCCACACCCCCCCUGCUCCUGUCGGUCAUCCCUGGGGGGUUCAUCAAGCAGCUCGUGCGGGAGACUGAGAAGGAAGCCAAGGCAGCGAAGCUGAAGAAGGAAACCAAGACGAGUGUGAAAGAGGAGCCGGUGGUGGAGGACAGUGAGGCCCGAGACAAGGACGCCCCAGCCGCCAGAGGAGAAGUGGCUGGCAAGGAGCAGCCACUGCAGAACGGGCUGCACGCAGAGGGACAGGGGAGCGAGGGGGUUGCAGCCCCCCCACGCAAGAAGCUACCAGCUGGGAGAGCAGCACCAGGGCCCAGCCACAGCAAAGCCCCAUCUCCUGUGCCCAGCCUGGCAGCAGCUGCCCCCAAACCAGCGGAGACCCCUCACCUGGAGGCUCCCAAGGCAGCAAAGCCAUCAUGCCCUGAGAAGAGCCCCAAGGACGCCCUCCUGGGGGGCAGCCCCUCAACCCUAGCCCCCACACCCAACAAGGGCCCCCAGUGCUGCAGCAAAGUCCCAGCAAAGGAAGGGGACGUUCCCAAGGGGACGGGCCCUGAGAGUGGCAAGAAGGAGAAGGGGGCACCCCCGAGGCACGAGGAGCCCCCAGCCAAGGUGAGAGCCAGGAAGGAGCUGGGACUAGCCAGGAAAGAGCCCGAGAAAAUGAAGAAAGAUGUCGGAGGUGGCAAGAAGGAGCCAAGGGAAAUCAAAAAGCCUGGAAAAACUGCAAACAAGUCAGAAGGUCUCAAGGGGGAGCCAGGAGGGAUCCAAGAAAAGUCAGAAGAUGCGGUAAAGGAGGUGGGGAAGGCAAAGGAAGAGCUGGGAGAGGGUAAGGAGACAGCAGGAGAGAGCAAAGAGACAGGCGAGAGCAUGGACAAGGACCAGGCUCCGAGGGACGUUUGGUACGAAGCAGAGAAGGUCUGGCUUAUCCAACAAGAUGGAUUCACCCUGGCCACGCAGCUGAAGCCAGAUGUGGGGACACCCGAGCUGCCAGCCGGGAGGGUGAGGGUACGCAGGGAGGCGGACGGCAGCGUCACCGAGGUGGACGAGGACAGUGUGCAGCGGACCAACCCCCCCAGCCUGGAUUACGCUGAGGAUCUGGCCGCGCUCAUCAACCUCAAUGAGUGCAGCGCCCUGAACACGCUGCAGCAGCGCUAUCGGGCCCGGCUCCCCUGCACCUACGCGGGGCUCAGCCUGGUGGCCAUCAGCCCCGGCUUCAUGGCCAGCAGCAGCUCGGGGAAGGCACUCAAGGGGAAGCGGGACAGCAUGCCCCCACACAUCUUCUCAGUGGCACAGAGAGCCUACAGGAACCUGCUGAUGCAGCGGCAGGAUCAGGCCAUCGUGCCCCUGGGGCGCAGCGGGGCUGGGAGGACCACAUGCUGCCAGAGUGCGCUGGAGUACCUGGUGGGCAUGGCAGGCAGCGUGGAUGGCAGGGUCUCAGUGGAGAAGAUCCAGGCAAUGUUCACAGUUCUGGGAGCCUUUGGAUCAGUGACCACCAGCCACAGCAGCAGCUCCACACGCUUCUCCAUGGUUCUGUCGCUGGAUUUCAGUGCCACCGGCCAGAUAACAGCUGCUCAUCUCCAGACCAUGCUGCUGGAGAGGGGCCGUGUUGCCCAGCAGCCUAAUGGAGAGAGCAGCUUCAAUGUCUUCCCCCUGAUGCUGAUGGGGCUGGAUGCAGCGCACAGGACGAUGCUGCACUUGCACCAGGUGGCUGAGAACAACUCCUUUGGGAUCAAGCCAUUCACAAAACCGGAGGAGAAGCAGAAAGCCUCAGCAGCAUUUGCCCAGCUCCGGACUGCCAUGGGCACGCUGGGCAUCACAGCAGAGGAGCAGACUGCCAUCUGGCGCGUCUUAGCUGGCAUCUACCACCUGGGAGCUGCUGGCGCCUGUAAAGUCGGCAGGAAGCAGUUCAUGAAAUUCGAGUAUGCGAGCAAUGCCGCAGAGGUGCUGGGCUGCGAUCUGGAGGAGCUCACCACCGCCGUCUUCAAACACCACCUGAAGCAGAUACUGGCACAGGUCACGACACACGGCCACCAGCUGCCUCUGGCAGAAGAGAGCUCGGCAGGACCGAAGAUGACGGGUGUGGAGUGCGUGGAGGGGAUGGCUUCAGGUCUCUACGAAGAGCUCUUUGCUGCAGUCGUGUCACUGAUUAACAGGUCUUUCUCCUCCCAGAGCCUCUCCAUGGCUUCCAUUGCGGUGGUGGACACUCCUGGCUUUCACAACCCACGGCACCAGCGGAGUGAGCGAGCGGCGACUUUUGAAGAGCUCUGCCACAACUACGUGCACGAGCGGCUGCAGGCUCUCUUCUAUGAGAAAACCUUUGUUUUGGAAAUGGAGAGGUACAGAGAGGAAAAUGUUGAGGUGUCUUUUGAUCUUCCAGAGCGCUCUCCACUGGCCACGCUGUCCGUCAUUGACCUGAGCUCCUCACAGCCACAGGCGCUGCCUGGCAGCCCGGGGGCCGAUCGCAGGGGGCUGCUGUGGAUCCUGGAUGAGGAGGUGCUGAUCCCAGACUCUGGGGAUGGCACUGCCUUCGACCGCCUGUGCUCCUACUUCGCCACGAAGAGACCUGACCAGGAGGGGGAUGGCUACAUGCGUAAGUGCGAGCAGGUGCUGCACUUUGAGAUCUCCCACCAGCUGGGCACGGACCCUGUGCGCUACGACUUCACGGGCUGGGUCAACAAAGCCAAAUUCAACCUCUCAGCACAAAACGCCAUCCAGGUGCUGCAGCAGUCCAAGGUAGAUGCCGUGAAGGAGCUGGUGUUGCUGCGCUCAUGGGCACCACUGGCCUGCCAUGCUGUGGCAGGGCUGGAAGGAUGCUCCCAGGCGGCCCUGCACCGCAACAGCUGCGUGAGGAAGACCUUUGCAAGCAGCAUCGCAGCUGUGAAGCGGAGGUCGGUGUGUGCUCAGCUCAAACUGCAGGCGGACGCGCUCGUCAACCUUCUCCGACGGUCCCAGCUGCACUUUGUCCACUGCCUCCUCCCAGGAGUGGGGGCAGAGGGGCCAGUCCCUCGGCUCCCCGCACCGCCCGACACAACCCUGCAGCUGGAUGUGGCAGCCCUGCGAACCCAGCUGGAGGGGACCCAGCUCAUGGAUGCCCUGCGCCUCCACCGCAUCGGGUAUGCGGAUCGCCUGCUUCUGACCCAGUUCCGCAGGCGCUUCCAGGUCCUGGCUCCGGAGGUCAUGAAGAAGCACACCUCUGCCUACGAGGUGCCGGAUGAGAGCAAGGCUAUAGAGGAGCUCUUCCAGGUGCUGGAUCUGGAGAAGAAGAGCAUUGCCAUAGGACGCAGCCAGGUUUUCCUGAAACCGGGGGUCAUCUCCAGGCUGGAGAAGCAACGUGACAAGCUGAUCGCCCAGAAGGUGAUCCUGCUCCAGGCUGCUUGCAAGGGCUUCCUCAGCCGUCAGAAGUUCAAGAGGUUGAAGAUCCAGCGCCUCGCCAUCCGCUGCAUCCAGAAGAACCUGGUGGUCUUCCAGGUGGUCAGGCACUGGCCUUGGUGGCAGCUGCUGAGCCGUGUGCGUCCCUUGCUCAGCAUUAACCUUGCGGAGGAACAACUUCGUGCAAAAGAAGAGGAGCUGGCGGCGCUGAGAAGGAAGUUGGAAAAAUCUGAGCAGGCAUGCAGCGAGCUCAGGCAGACUGCAGAGAAGCUGGAGAGCAAGAUCAUCGAUCUGACGAUGGAGCUGUCGGAUGAGCGGUACAAGGGCGACAUCGCCUGCCAGGUGCUGGAUGGGGAGCGGGCAGAGAGGCAGCGGGGCACCCGUGAGCUGCAGGAGCUGCAGAGCAAACAUGACCAAGUGCAGAAGAAACUGGAGUCGGUGGAAAAGCAACUGGAAGAGGCCCAGCAGCUGGUUCAGUUGCAUGAGAUGAAGAUAAGUGGCUCUGGAGGAGAGGACGAGUGGCAAGUGCGUUUUGACUGCGCGCAGACGGAAAUUGCUUUCCUGCGCAAGCGGCUGGUGCAGCUGGAGGAGCGGCUGGAGUCUGAGCUGGGCACCCGGACGGGGCUAGAGCAAAAGCUCAGCGAGGUGCAGGCAGCAUGUGAAGCAGCCAAGAAGGUGUCCCAGCAGCUGCGGCGGCGGUGCAGGAGGCUGGCCUGCGAGCUGGAGGAUGCGCGGGUGCUCUCCGAGAGUCAGCAGAGCCGCAGCCAUGAGCUGGAGAAGAGGCAGAAGAAAUUUGACCUGCAGUUAGCUCAGGCCCUGGGGGAGUCUGCCUUUGAGAAAAGCCUCCGUGAAAAAGUGUCACAGGAGAACACCAGCAUCCGAUGGGAGAUGGGCAAACUUCAGCAGAGCUUAGAGCAGAAGGAGGCGGAGGUGGCCAGCCUGGUGCAGCGUGUGACUGUGUUGGCCGGCCGGGUGCAAGAGCUCAGCACCCCCAGCGCCCUGGAUGCCCGUGCCGUGCCUGCGCUCAGGAAGCAGCUCUGGGACCUGGAGGCUAGCGCUGCAGAGCAGCGGAAAGAGCUGGAGCGGCAAACAGCUGCCGUCGAUCACCUGGAGCAGCUCCACCAGAGGCUGGAGCUGGAGAUAGAGCGGAUGAAGCAGAUCCACCAGAAGGAGCUGGAGGACAAGGACGAGGAGCUGGAGGAUGUGCGGCAGUCCUGCCAGAGGAGGCUCCGGCAGCUGGAGAUGCAGCUGGAACAGGAGUACGAGGAGAAGCAGAUGGUGCUGCAUGAGAAGCAGGACCUGGAAGGGCUCAUCGCCACCCUGUGUGAGCAGAUCGGCCAUCGCGAUUUCGACGUGGAGAAGCGGCUGCGGCGGGAUCUGCGGCGGACACGUGCCCUGCUCGCUGACGUGCAGCUGCUGCUGGCAGCCCCUGGGGAGCCCAGUGCCAGCGCCCAGGAGCUGGAGCGGCUGCACAAGCAAUUGGAAGAGAGUGAAGCAAAGUGCGCAGAGGCCCAGAAGUCCCAGCAGACAGCCGCCCUGGAACUGGAGAACUUGCACGCAGAGCUGGAGACCCUCAGCAAAAGCAAGACCCUGUCGGCAACAGAUAUCGCUCAGAUCCAGGAGCUGCAGAUGCAAGUGGAAGACGUGAAGAAAGAAAAGCAGAGCCUUCAGGAGAAGCUGCAGGCAGCGCAGGCAAGACUGGAGCGCCUGGAGCAGUGCCCAGCUGAGCGCUCCAUCGUCAGCCGUCAGGAAGCCCGCAUCCGCGACCUGGAGAGCCAGUUGGACUUCCAGGCUGUGCAGAUGAAGCGCUUUGAGGUGCUGGUGUUGCGCUUGAGAGACAGCAUCAUAAAGAUGGGCGAGGAGCUGGAGAAGGCGGCAGAGUCAGAGGCGCGGGAGAAGGAGAGCACCAGGUACUACCAGAGGAGGAUGGAGGAGAUGAAGGCUGACAUGGAUGAGCUGGUGCAGAGGGAGCUGGAGUCCAGCCGCCGGCGCGUUGAGCUGGAGCAGCAGCUGGCGGAGCUGGCAGAGGUGCGGCAGGUCCUGCAAGCCGACCUGGGGACCUCCAUCCGGCGCAUUGCCGAUCUGCAGGUGGCCUUGGAGGAGCUGAAAUCCAGCGAUGAGAGCGAUGCGGAGAGGGAUGCCUGCUCCAGUGUUGGCUCCACACUCAGUCUGGAGCCUGCAGAGAGCGUCAAGUCCUGGCCGGGUUCAUCCACAGGCUGGUCUUCCCUGGUGGGUUCCAACAUGUCUGGGAGCCUUUUGGCACAGUCCGUCAGCAGCCGCAGCACCCAAGGCCCGAGGGUGAACAGAGACACCAAGGAACCAGUGCUGAGCCGGCUGGCUUCUUCCCAGAGUUCUGCCAGGUCCAUCGAUCCUGUGGAUCUGGGGAGGAUGACGAGUCCCUUGCUUGGUGCUAGGAGACGGGAGUACGGAAAACCUCUGGCAGAUGAAGAGGAGCUGGAGAGCCCAAAAAAGCCUGAGGACAGGAUAGGAGAGAUGUCCCCGUCAGUGCUGCAGCGUAGGACCUCCCCUGCCCCGGACACGAGGUUCCCCAGCCCGCUGUCUCCAACGGUGCCAAGGAGGAGAAGGCUCUCCCCAGUGUCAGGGAUGGUGCCCAGCUCCUCAGCUGCCCUCUCUGAGUAUGUGGAGGAGCUGCGGCGGCAGCGGGGAGUGGAACGGGAGCAAGGGCACCUGGCGCUGGGUGACACCUCUCCCCUCCCCAUUUACCGCACCACGGGUGCUGCAGCCCUGCGGCGCUGCAGAGCUUUCCCAGCGGUGGAGGAUUCCCUGGGGAAGCUGGAUGGGAAUCAGCUGAGGGAGGGUGAAGAAGCAGGCACCAGCCUUGUGCGCUCCUCCAGCUUGAGGGAAGGUGAAGAAGCAGGCACCAGCCUUGUGCGCUCCUCCAGCUUGCGGAGCAUGGCCUCAGAACCAGCUGAGCAGACACGCUCCCCAGCUCUGAGAAGAGCAUCAAAGUUCGGCUCCUAUGACUCCCUCCUGCAAACCCUUGAUGGCUCCGGCCGCCAGCCAGGCUCUUCAACUGCAGGAACGGAGGUGCUGGGCACACCGCGGCCGAGCUCCUGGAGGAGCUGCCUGGAGCCUUCGGUGGAAGAUGUGGAGGUGGGAAGGGGCUCUGGGGGGCUCUUGGGCUCACCAUCCAGCGACAGGCUGGGCGAGGGGAAGGGGAGCAGCUACCCCUUCAGCUGGCGAAUACCCACCCUCAACUAUGAGAGGAAAACCAACAUCGACUUCGAUGACUUCGUCCCGGCUAUUCGCAAAUCCCGCUCCACCAGCAGCCUGGCCAAGCCUGGGAGGGACAGAAAGGACGGCCACCGGCCCCUCACUGUCCGCUUCGAGGAUGAGGCUAUAGCAGGCAGCUCAGCAUCCUCCGAGACAAAGGGCACAGUCAAGCGCAGCCCAGCCCCCCGGGAGGACCCUGGGGACCUCUCCGAUUCCUCCUUAUCCUCUGGCUCCUUCCUCUCCUCCUGUAGCGCUGACAGCAUCAAACGCCGGCCACAGCCCCAGAGAGGGGACGGGGAGGGUUGCAGCAGCAAAGCCAGCACCCAGAGCAGCGGGGCAAGCCACCGGGCAGAAGCAGAAGGGAAGGAAGAUGAUGUCACCAGCAUCAUGAGGAAGUAUCUGGGAAAAGACUAAGGUAACUGUACUGAGCUGCUGCCUGGCACUAGCUCAGAGCAGUGGUGGCAGGUUUGCAGUGCUGGCCCCAAGCCGCUGCCCCUCCAGCCCAUGCAGUGCUUGCACUGAUGCUGUGGUGUGCAUGAGGACAGGGUGCCCCAGGCCAGCGGGAGUCCCCAUGUCCCCUGUCCAGCAUGCUAGAGCAGUCCAGGGCAGGGGAGGCACUGGCCCAGCUUCAGCCUCAGUGCCCGACUGUGCUUCCCGCUCUGCUGCAGCUGGGAUGGUGCCAGGGAUGCCCUGCAGGGUAUGCAGCACUGGGGACCCCUUGCCUUCUUCUUGCCCACUUUGGAGCUGCAGAGGGGUGGGCAAAGGGGAUGCUGCUGGUGCUGGGGCCAGCCCCACAGUUGACCACAACACUGCUGGGUUCCCUUGGCAUGCUGGUUUCCUGAAAAUAGUGUCCCCCAGUUCCUACCUUGCCACCCAGAAGAUACAUCUUCCUGAGCCCUGCUGAGCACUCCUCCUGGUGCCCGUGCUGGUUUGGUUAAUAUGACAUUCACUUUGGCUGGAUGCUGGAGGUCAUACCCUCGCCAGAGGAGGGGCCUCCCACCUGGAUCAGGCGUGUUUCUCCCAGUUAGCAAGUGCCUCUGACAACCACUUGGAUCCAAUGUCUGUAUCACAACUGACGCUUCAAGAAUUAGGAUUUAUUACUGCAAUCCAGGUUUGAAAGCAAAGUCCCUAAUGAAUGCAGCACAACUGUAAUUAAGUGUUUAAAAUAGAUUAGAAAAACAUUUUGUAAAACCAUUGCCUUUAGACUAACUUACUGGAUGUCAAGCUGUGACCAAAUUGACUAAGCCAACACAAGAAGGGAGCGUGUGUUAAUAAAACAUUUCUUUCCAGGAAGCACAAUUUGCAUAAUGAAACGUCCCACUUUCUCCAGACUUGGUUUCAAUAAACUGUAGCGACUGGCCUCGGUGCUGCACCAAGCAGGGAGCCACGACCGAACUGCUUCCCCGCUCCUUUGGAAGAGCACCUGGUAGGAAACACAUAAUUUAAGCCGAGACUGAAAGUGGCUCCCCAAAAGUCAUGCGACGGUUUUACAGACAAUGGGACUUUUUUUUUGUUUCUAAACAUACCUUGGUUUCUUUGUGCUCCUGCCCUGUUUCCAUUACCACAGCUUUGCUCAGGGCCAGCCGCGGGGACAAGGGACUUUCUUGUUCUCCUGCAGUUGUUUGACUCAGGAGUUGGUGCUGUAAUUAAAACCCAGCGGCUGCCAUAAAUGCCUGAUAACGUGCUGUGCUGGCCAGGGGAAGGCCACGCUAUAAAGAGCUGGAGGAACACCAAACCCCUUUUUAACCCAGAAGGUGCAGCCCAGACAUCUCAACCCAUGCACCACUGCUCAGAAAUCAGCUGAAGGGUCAAAGGAUGCUUUUGGCUCUUGGUGUGACACCCAGCAACAGCAGAGCUCUGAAGCUUUUAUAAUUCCGUAGAUAUUUGAAAACAGAUCCGUAUGUACUUUCACGGUUCCUGCCUGUUUGGGACAUCUGGGCACACACCACUGGCGUGCAAGGCAGCACUGCCGUGUGUGUGGCAGUGGGAGGCCGUAUUCGAUGUCUGCUUGGUUUUUACACAAUAAAAUACUUGCUUCUUUGACACAA